GGACACGAAAGACAGUCGUGCGGAACGAACUAACAACAUAGUGUUCGAUUUUAAAAUCAAUGUUGAUAUGUUUGGGGUCUUAUUCACAUUCACUUUUUAAUAACAGUUGGAUAUAGUCCAUCAUCAUACCUGAGACACUGGUAAGCUGUAUAUAGUCCAGUAUCAUACCCGAGACACUGAUAUUCUAUUAUAACGACAAGCACGGAAGUAUUUAAAUAGAACAACCAAGUCUCUCAAAUCUUCGUUACAGGUUGGAUAUAGUUCAGCAUUAUACCUGAGACACCGGGAAUAUUCGAUCUGUAGAAAAGAGGGCGUAUCAACAUACAUUAUAUUGACGCACCUCCAUGGCUGAUGCUACACUAAAUGAACAUCAACGACGACAGUUGCUUGAACGAAUCCGACAACUUGAAGCCGAUUUUUCUAGGUUUGUUAAUCGUCGACAAGCUACAGUAGCCACAUUGUUGGAACUGGCCGAUGAAUUAAACUCAAGCAAACGCAAGGUCAGGAUCAGUAAAAUAUCCGGUGCCGUUGGUGGAGUAGUUUCAGCAGGUUUAACAAUUGCUGGAUUGGCAACGAUACCCCUAUUUGGAGUUGGCGUUGUUUUAACAGCGGCGGGGGCUGGCGUGGGAGUUCUAUCUGGUGUCACAAGUGCUGGAGCUGCCAUAGGCGAUAUUGUAGUUAGUAAAAACACAAGAAUGAAAUGCAACAAAGUGCUCGAGGCAGAUAACCAGGCUGUACUGGAUUAUCAAAAUGCAAUGGAGGUUUUUAGAUUAUUUAUUCAUUCCAUAAGAGGCGUGGCUCCUAUUGGUAGCGUAGUAACGGCGGGAAUUCAAUUAGUCAGAUUGGUGGACGUGCUCUUGGAUGCAUCUGGAGCCACACUUAGAGGUGUUGGAGCUGCUAUUGACGCUGUGCCCAUAGUUGGAGCUGUGUUCAACCUAAUCACACUCCCCAUAGAUAUUGGUACCCUGAUAUCCAACGCAAGAGAUAUCCAUAAUUCCACCCCUCAUCAGGUAGCAGCAAGUAUCACCGAGGUAGCCCAGCAGUUGCAAGACCAACUUAGAGAGCUACAGCUAAGACAUGACGAGGAAAUGGAAGAACUACAAGAUGCUCUUCUAAGUGAAAAUAAAAUUUCAGCAAGAGAAAUUGCUUUUUAUGUUUGUGUAAUUGUGGUGCUUGCGAUUAUAAAUUUUGUUUUAUUCUGGUUCAAAGCGCCUGAUGGCCCGCCACUCCUGACCUAUGACCUUCCAAUGCUUCCAUUCGAUUAGGGAGUGUGUUUUAUUAUCAAUCUAUUGAUGUAGUCCACUUAAAACCAGAUAUCAUCAUUUUCACACUAUCAGCAGUUUUAACAAUAAACGAUUCUAGCUAUAUCAUACACAGAACUUUGUUUUAUGAAAGGGUAUAGUUGCUAAUAAGGCAAUUUGAUGCGGAGAACGUAACACAUCCCAAUUACAAUUUCUACAUAACAACUUUGAAACUCGUGCGUAAGGUAUAUUAUGCUAUGUAACACUACAGAUAACAGAAGAUCAGUAUAAUUGAUAAGAACUUUAUUAAGAACAUUAAAUAGAUAUAAUUCGGUAGGAGCUCUAUUCCAAGUUUGACUUACUGUCAGUAAACACCUGCUUAUAUAGCGUUCAACAAUUAGGGAAGAUGGACAAGGGUGAUCACCAUAUAUGGUAUUGUUUUUUUUAUCAAAUUAUGAUAUCUGUAAUUACACUGCAUAUUUCCUUGGAUGUCAUUGUCAGGUCAUAGUAUGAUACACUGACCACUACUACAUUCUCUUUGAAGUUCUGCCUAGUGUUAUAAACAUAUCAUGUGUAGCUUGUAAAGGACAUAUUGAAUUAAUUAGAUGUUUAAUAAAAUCGUAGGCAGUCCGUGCCUAAACCAAGUUUAUACAGAGGUGAAAUGUCAAUAUCAUAUAUUAUCAAAUCUAGCAGAGUUCAUGCACCUAAAUGAUCGUCCAAUUUGAUGAAAAGUAUAAAGAUCACUGUGUCACAGCUGAAAAGGGAAUGGUUAACUCAACACCAAAUAAGACCCCUUAAGAUGAACUUUAAAUGUUUCUCUUUAGUUUUAAUAGUUUACCUUGAUGUAUAAUUCGUUAAUAUUUCCAGUACAAAAAAUGGCAUAGUUGAUUUGUGUAGGUUUAUUUUUGUAUUGAAGGAGUAUUUUGUUUCGAUUUAGGGCAUAUUUUCAUGAUAAAAGAAUAAACCAUGGCUACGUGUGACGUCAUUUGACCUUUGAUCAGUAUGAUGGGUGACAAUUGAUUUUGAGCCUAUGUGAUGUCCCCCCACCACCACAACAUCGUUCUGAGCCCAUGUGAUGGACACGCCCCACUCCCCCCACAACAUCGUUCUGAGUCUAGUAUGAAACUAUUAAUGAAUAUGUUUUGAUAAUGAUUGGCGGUAAAUUGGACCCAAGUUAAAUCCAACAUGGCCGCCGUAUAUAAUUAUUAUUAUUAUUACUUUUUUUAACAAUAUUUUAUUCAGAAAUUGAAAGGGAUUGAGGAAGAGGCAUGGCCUAUAUGACCUCUCCCGUAACGCUUAUAAUCCUAACCCUAACCCUAAUAGAUUACAAAUAGACUGAUUAAUAUGCGGGGCGGCCAUGUUGGACUAGUUACCUUCCAUCAUUUUGAUUAAUAUGUCCAAUAUGUAUUUAUUUAGAAAUAAAUAAAACUAAUCUUAAAUCAUGUAAAAUUUAUCUUUAA